AUGUUUAAAGCAAUUUAUGGAGAUCCUAAUAAUUAUCUUACAUGGCCAAAAGUUUUAAUUGUGGAUAAAGGCACUGAAUACUUAGGUGAGUGUAGAGAUUUAUUACUUAGUCAUGGCGUAAAAAUUAUACAAGCUAAAUCUAAACGUAGCACAUCAAUAGCAGAACGUGAUCAUCAAGAGUUUGAAAAACAUGCUUAUAUUCGACAGGAUGCUGUUGAUUUUCAUUUACCUUUAUCUGAAAGAUGUCGAUCUUGGGUUAAAGGCCUUCGUAUUAAUGAUGACAUUUAUAAUGAUACUCCUACCCGAUUAAUUCAUAUGUCCCCUAAUGAAGCCGUAAAGAGAGCUUUAAAAGGUGAAAAAAUAUUUGCUGAUCCUUCUGUUAAACAUCGAAGGCCUAUCGGGUUUGAUGAACCUCGGUUAAGCUAUAAAGAUUCUGUUUUAUAUUUACUCGAACCUGGAUAA